GGUCUGGAGGCAGUGCCAAAAGACCUUCCUCCGGAUACUGCGCUGCUGGACCUGCAAAACAACAAAAUAACUGAGAUCAAAGAUGGAGACUUUAAGAACCUGAAGAACCUUCAUACACUGAUUCUCAUCAACAACAAAAUUAGCAAAAUCAGCCCUGGGGCAUUUGCCCCUUUGGUGAAAUUGGAACGACUUUAUCUGUCCAAGAAUCAACUGAAGGAAUUGCCAGAGAAAAUGCCCAAAACUCUUCAGGAGCUGCGUGUCCACGAGAAUGAGAUCACCAAAGUGCGAAAGUCUGUGUUCAAUGGAUUGAACCAGAUGAUCGUCGUAGAACUUGGCACCAAUCCGCUGAAGAGUUCAGGCAUUGAAAAUGGAGCCUUUCAGGGAAUGAAGAAGCUCUCCUACAUCCGCAUUGCUGACACUAAUAUAACCACCAUCCCUCAAGGUCUUCCUCCUUCCCUUACUGAAUUACAUCUCGAUGGCAACAAAAUCACCAAAGUUGAUGCAGCUAGCCUGAAAGGACUGAAUAAUUUGGCUAAGUUGGGACUGAGUUUCAACAGCAUCUCUGCUGUUGACAAUGGGUCUUUAGCCAACACUCCUCAUUUGAGGGAACUUCAUUUGAACAACAACAAGCUUAUCAAAGUGCCUGGUGGGCUGGCCGAUCAUAAGUACAUCCAGGUUGUCUACCUUCACAACAACAAUAUCUCUGUAAUCGGCUCUAACGACUUCUGCCCACCUGGAUACAACACCAAAAAGGCUUCUUAUUCAGGAGUGAGCCUUUUCAGCAACCCAGUCCAAUACUGGGAAAUCCAGCCAUCCACCUUCCGAUGUGUUUAUGUGCGUGCUGCCGUUCAGCUUGGAAACUACAAGUAGCUCCCAAGAAAGCCCUCAUUUUUAUAACCUGGCAAAAUCCCAUUAAUGUCAUUGCUCGGAAAAAAAAAACCAAAAAAAAAGAAAACUAGAUACUGGAAAUCUAUCUGCAAUGUGGAUGUUUUUCCCACAUGACUUAUUAUGCAUAAAGCCAAAUAUGCAGUUUAAAUAAUUGCCUACAAUAAAAAAUAUUUUGCCUGGCAUUUUCAGAAUCCUUUUUUGAAGCUUAUUAUUGAUGUUAACUGAGCUAUUGCAGAUAUUCUUAUUUCACUAAAUGUAAAAUUUGGAGUAAACAAUUUUAGUAGAGCAUUUAAUUUCCAGAAAGAAUCAAAUAAAAAUGGUAUCAAUCUUCUGUAACUCAUAGGGGGGGUUAGCUCCGUUGACAUAGUCUAGCAAUGUAUUCAUCCCCACUAUUAUUGAUAAAGCCUCAUUUGAGUGUGUGAAUUCAAUCCAGGCUAUGUAAAAUUUUUGCUAAUGUCAUUGUUGUGAAAAAAAUAAAUUCACAAGUACAUUUAAAAUUA